AUGAGAGGUGCAAUGUCAGCAUUGUUUAUUGCCUCCAGGGCCGUAUGUGAUGUGAUAAGGCUUGUUCCAAAGUGCGAUCCCACGUGCAUGAAGGGAAGGCUGUUGGCGUCAUAUUACUCAGGGCCCAUGGCCAUAUCUCCUGUAUAUGUUUCUUCCAAGAGCUCUGCACCGCCAAGGGCCCCCAUGGUUGUCAAGUCCACUGUGAGAAGCCCUGACAUUCCAAAAAAAAGCACCUCUGCUCGUGCUGCAAGGAUUCCCAAUGUCAUAAGAACAACUGUGACAACCACUGUUCUGAAGACUGUCUCUGCGGAGAUGCCUCGGAGUCUACAGCCACCUAUUGUGGUGAUGCAACCUAGAUAUGUGAUGCAGCCUGUUCCCGUGGCUCUAAGCCCAAUGAGUGUGGGUGGGGCGCCCAGGCAGAGUGCAAGGCCUUCUCCCCCACGCCUCCCUGUGCAGCAGCAGGGAGCUGGGACGGAAGCAAUCAACAGGAUAGGGAAGAGGAUAAAUCUGAUCUACACGAUGCUAACCACACUAAAGCAAAAAUACCUGCAGAUGGCUCCGCAGAGGCCGCAGAGGAUUGUGGUGGUUGCACCUGUCACAACGAUGACUGUGCUCAAAACAGUGUCCAUAACACCACCUCAAAUACCUACCAUUCCUGUCAUUGCGCAGCCUGCAACAAUAGUUACUCCGGCGAAGCCUGCCCCACAGCCUCUCCAAACAGUGAAGGGUCUGGAAGCACCCGGAUCCACUAGUACGAUCUGUGUGACUCCUCCGCAGAGCAUCAGGGAUGGCAAUAAGGCUGCCAAGUCCAGCAGAAGUGUUGAGCCUGCUAAGAAGGCUGAAUCCCGCAAGAGCGAUAAGGCCCAUAAGAAUACCAAGUCUCGGAAGGCGGAUUCGGAGGAAAGCGACAGCUCACGGGAAAGCUCCUCGUCCUCUGAGAAGGAGAAGCCGCUGUACAUGCUGAAAACAGGGAGGCUUGGGAGAAGGAGGCCGAAGAAGAGAGAUUCGUUUAUUGAUUGCUACUUGAGGGGGAAUCCAUCUGAGUGUAAUGCAGAGAAUUCUGAGAGGGAGCCGGACAUAGGUGAUGCUGUUAUCUACAAGAACGACUUUGACAGUGACGAUGAAAUUAUAUAUCUCAGUGAUCUAUUGGGGAGAUGA